AUGUUACUGGCAGGAUCGUCAGGUGAACAUAAAGAGAAAAAAAUGCUUAAUCUAAUACUGCCACCAAAUCUAAGGACUGGCAGUGGUACGUCCAAGAAGCUGGCUAAAAGGAAUGCUGCUGCCAAAAUGCUGCUUCAGAUCCACAGAGUACCCACAGAACACCGGGAGAGCGGGGAGCCGGAACCUGAAGAAGAUCAGUUCUCUAUGUGCACAGGAGGGGGAAAGAUGGAUGGGGGCAGGGGGCGAGGUGUGGCAUGUACUUGGGACUCCCUCCGUAAUUCUGCCGGAGAGAAGAUCCUACAUCUGAGGAGUCAUCCCCUAACCAUCUUGAGCUCAGGUUUCUGCAGCCUUCUUCAGGACCUGUCUGAGGAGCAGAGUUUUCAGAUCAGCUAUCUUGAUAUUGAUGAAUGCAGUUUGAGUGGCCUGUACCAGUGUCUUAUAGAACUCUCCACCCAACCCACCACUGUAUGCCAUGGUUCUGCUGCAACAAGAGAAUCAGCACGUGCAAACGCAGCCCACAAUGCCCUGCAGUAUCUGAAAAUAAUGGCUGGGGGAAAGUGA